ACGACCUCGGAGGACUCAGGGGUUCACAGGGUGGGGACGCAGAGACGGCGCCGUAUCCAGGGGCUCCGGUGGGAAGCGGCCGACCCUUUCCAGACCAAAACCCAACUCCGCCAACUCGGCAAACUACCAAGCCCACCCCUCGCGCCCCCGCCCCUCCCAGCACCGGAAGCCCUGGGACCCGAGCCGAGGGGCGGGGCCGGCCCUCUGGUGCGGGAGUGGAGCGCAGGCGCGGCCCACAUGUUAGUGCCUGCGACCCCGCGACCCCGCUAGGGCACCACUUUGGCGCCCAGGCCUCCACCGACGGCGCAGGUAAAGGCACCUAGGCUGCGGAAAUGGCGGCGGGGAGUAACGAAGCCCGGGAGACCGGGGGCCCUUCUGAUGUCCACUUAUAUGCACCACUGAUAUUUCUCUAGCUGGAUGAGAGAGCUUCUUGCUUCAGCAUCCAGGACCCCAACAGUGGCUGGCCAUGGAGGAAAACAGACUGUGACGAGAGUAUUCAAUAUCAACCCAAAUAAGACCGCAGUCAGUGGGAACUGUAGCUCUCAUUUAGUGACUCUGGAGCUCCGAAGUGAAAAUGUCAUUCUUGUCUUCAGUUUUGGAAUGAAUGCAAGUUCUAACCGGUUUUUCCUCCAAGGAAUCCAGUUAAAUACAACUCUUCCUGACGCCAGAGACCCUACUUUUAAAGCUUCCAAUGACUCACUGAGAGCACUUCAAGCCACUAUUGGAAAUUCUUACAAGUGUAAUGCUGAGGAAAAUGUUCAAGUUACAAAGACAUUUUCAGUCAACAUAUUCAAAGUGUGGGUCCAGGCUUUCAAGCUUGAAGGUGACAAGUUUGGAUCUGUGGAAGAGUGUCAGCUGGAUGAAAACAACAUGCUGAUUCCCAUUGCUGUUGGUGGAGCCCUUGCAGGACUGGUCCUGAUUGUCCUGAUUGCCUAUCUCAUCGGCAGGAAGAGAAGCCAUGCUGGCUACCAGACGAUCUAGCGUCCCCACUUGCUCAUCGCCACCACCACUGUAGAUCAGCAGCAGUUGCAAGGGGUCUAUAUUCAUUUUCCCUGAGCUUAAAUUGGUAUUGAAAGGGAGGCAUAUGUUCUUGCAAACUGUUUUUCAAGUCUGCUUUAUCAAAUGUGAAGUUCAUCUUGCAACAUUUACUAUGCACAAAAAAGUAACUAUUGAAAUGAUGGUGUUAAUUUUGCUAACUUGGUUAAAUGUUUUGCUAACUGGUUAAAUAUUAAUAUUUACCAAAGUAGAACUCUAAGGUAAGGGUAAGAGUACAUUUCUAAAUUGGCACUGGCUCCACUAUCAUUUGACUUCUUAAGAUUCUGGUAUUUGGUUUCUUCAUUCUUUACUGUAUUCAGAUUUAAGCCUUACAAAGGGAAAAUGCUUGGUCUUAAUACUUAAAAUUGAUGAAAGCUAGGUAAUUGUUACGUAGAAGAAGAAAAACGUAAAAGUACUCCAAAAGAUGAAACUAUGAAAUGCUUAAAUUAAGCUUUGAAAACCAGGACAGGCUGGACCGUACAGGGUGUGCAGCAUUCAUCAUUCAAGCAUUACAGACUUAAUUGGGCAUAUCUUUGGUAUUUUUGAUGCUCUGCCACUUAAGAACUGGCACUUUUUAAAAUAUAAAAAUGGGUGUUAUUUUUAUUUUUUUGUAAAGUGAUUUUCAGUCUUCUGUUUGAAGUUCAGGGUGCUCCUAUUUCUGCACUUGUGUACAAUAUAGAUUUCACUCUACUGAUUUAUCCGCUUACAGCUUGGUUGGGGUUGUACACUUCAAGGAUCAGUUCAUAUGUAAUGCAUUGCCUGUAACAAUGCUAAUAAAAAUUCUCUUUCUUUA